CUUUAUUCAAUCAAAAGAAUUCAUGGAGUCCACCACCGUAAUCAAGAAAUUCCAUGAACCCCCCAAGGAUCUCACAAGAACCCGACUUAUGACCAUUGUACUUGGGGUCUUUCUCACACUCCCAACACUAAUUCUCUUUGCUUCAUUUCUCAACGAGGAAGGAGACCAAGAACUGGUCCGUUCUUCAACUCAACCUCAACCUCUUCAUCCACUCAUCAAGAACGCCUGCACCAACACUCUCUACCCUUCUCUCUGCUUCACCACUCUCUCUUCUGCUCCUGCCACUUCCAAGAACACCACCACCCUCCACCAUAUUCUUGAGAUUGCAGUCAAUGCAACGGUGAGCUCCGUGAUGGAUUCUGGGUCCGAUAUUAAAGCCCUUUUCACCUACCAAGACUUGAAUUCUCAAGAGAAGAAUGCUCUGAAUGAUUGCAUGGAAAUGACAGACCAAACCCUCUAUGAACUUGGACAGGCCAUUGACGACCUGCAUGCUUUCCCGCCAUCUAUAGGGGAUCCUCAUCGGUUAUACACGAACCUCAAGACCCUUCUCAGUGCAGCCAUGACAAAUGAGAACACAUGCAUCGAUGGAUUCACUGACCUGGAAGAAGCCGAUUCUGAAAGCCAGAAGGGUCUCAAGGGACAUCUCCAAUCCGUCUUAACUCCUAUUUCUGGUAUGAUCAGCAACUGCUUGGCCAUUAUCAAGUACAUGGAAACCAUAGCCCUUAGGGACAGAAAGAUCAUGAAUACCACAAUGCCAAGGGACGAAUUCCCAGCAUGGAUGACAGCCAUUGAUCGGAAACUGAUUGAAAUGGUGCCUAAAAUAAGGCCGGACAUCGUUGUUGCAAGUGAUGGCAGUGGACAUUUUAGCACCAUUGGGGAAGCAAUCAGUACGGCGCCUAACAAGAGCAGUAAUCGAUUUGUGAUUAAAAUAAAGGCAGGAGUAUACAAGGAAAAUGUGGAGAUUCCAAGGGAAAAGGUCAAUAUCAUGUUGGUAGGAGAUGGGAUGAAUUCAACAGUGAUCACAGGGUCUAAAAGCUUUGUUGAUGGGUUUUCCACCUUCACUUCAGCCACCCUAACUGUGGUUGGAGACAAGUUCUUAGCAAGGGAUCUAACCAUCAUCAACACGGCAGGCCCCGAGAAGCACCAGGCAGUUGCAGUAAGAGUGACCUCCAAUUCUGCUUUCUACCGCUGCAACUUCAGCUCGUAUCAGGACACCCUCUACGCUCAUUCUCUCCGCCAAUUCUAUCGUGAAUGCACAAUCCAAGGCACAAUAGAUUUCAUCUUUGGAAAUGCAGCAGCAGUCUUCCAAAACUGUCUUAUACUCGUUCGCAAACCAAGCCCCGGACAAAAGAACAUGAUCACUGCUCAAGGGAGAGGAGACCCAAAUCAGAACACUGGCAUCUCAUUACAAAACUGCACCAUAGUAGCUGCACCAGAAUUCCCUUUGGCUGAGAGACGAAACUUUUUGACUUUCCUGGGUCGCCCAUGGAGGAACUACUCAAGGACUAUGGUCAUGAAGAGCUACUUAGGAGAUCUGAUAAACCCACAGGGUUGGCACAAAUGGAAUAAGUAUAGCACUUUAGACACUGUGGAGUACAUUGAAUACCUGAACUUUGGACCAGGAUCAGACACAAGGCACAGAGUCACAUGGGGUGGCUACAGAAAGAAUUGCAGUGAAGACAUAGCCAAGCAGUUUACAGCUGAAGUUUUUCUACAUGGAGCCAGUGAGUGGUUAGAGUCCAUUGGUUUUCCCCUAGUUCAUGGCUCAUAAGGAAACAUUGACACGUAUU